GACACCAACGCGCACGACGUCUCCCCCUCUAUUGUUAUUGUGGCGUGCGCGCGAGAACGAACGGACAGGAUGCACGAGGAGACAGUGAGGCUGAUAAAACGUUAAAAAAAAAAACAAAAAAAAACCAAAACAACACAACACAGAGAAAACAUCAAGCUACGUGAACGUUAGCGUGCUGCAUCGGAGACGUUCACAGCUAACGUUAGCAUCUGCGGUGAAUUCAGGUCUUGGUUAAAAAAAACGUAAAAACGAGCUCCUGUCUUUUGAGCACACAACGUUACGGAUCUGUCUGCAACACUUGAGACGAUCUUUCAGCGCAAGUUCCCCCUCUCCUCUCCGGCUGAUGUGGACGGAUUCAGAGCUGGGCCAUCAUGAUGCCGGUGAACUUUCUGGUCACUCAUUGGCUGACCAACUUAACACCAGCAUCAUGUCGGUGAAUCCUCCCAGCAGCAACGACGCCUGCCUCAGCAUCGUCCACAGCCUCAUGUGUCACCGGCAGGGCGGGGAGAACGAGGGCUUCGCCAAGCGGGCGAUCGAGAGCCUGGUGAAGAAGCUGAAGGAGAAAAAGGACGAGCUGGACUCGCUCAUCACCGCCAUCACCACCAACGGCGUCCACCCGAGCAAGUGUGUGACGAUUCAGAGGACGCUGGACGGACGCCUGCAGGUGGCGGGCAGGAAAGGCUUCCCUCACGUGAUUUACGCACGUCUGUGGCGGUGGCCCGACCUCCACAAAAAUGAACUCAAGCACGUGAAGUUCUGCCAGUACGCCUUCGACCUGAAGUACGACAACGUGUGUGUGAACCCCUACCACUAUGAGAGGGUGGUGUCACCAGGCAUCGUCGGUCUCAGCCUUCAGAACACAGCAGCUCCAGUCGGGCUCAUCAAAGAGGAGUACAUCCAUGACUGUAUACAGAUGGACCUCCCGCCCGGCAUGCCUCUGUCAGAGCACCAAGCCGCCAUGAAGUUGCCCCCCCAGGACCACUACGGCCAGCCCCUGCCCCCGCCACAGCUGCCCUCUGAGCCCCACGGACCCCCGCCCAUCAGCAGAUACACCAACCUGCCUGUCUCACCCAAAGGCUCUGGACCCAUGAUGCCUCUCCAGGGGGGUCACAGUGAUGGCCGCCUCCAAACUGCGUCUCCACAGGCUCAAGUCAUGACCCCGACACCUCGAUCUCCGACCCCGACCCAGCCAUCCCCUCACCAGCAGGCUGCACAGCAACAGUCGCCCCCCCACCAACAACAACCCCCCCACCCUCCUCCUCACCCCCACGGGCAGAACGGGUACAGCAGCAAUAAGCACUCUCAGAGCCAGGCGGCCUUCCACACAGUGUGGACAGGCAGCAGCACAGCCUCCUACACUCCCAUAGGACCCCAGCAGAACGGACGAGCUCACCAACAGCCGCCCCUCCAUCACCAAAACCACCACUGGUCUCAGCAUCACAGCUCCACCUCCUUCCCUCCUUCUGUGUCCAAUCAUCCAGGUCCAGAGUUCUGGUGCUCCAUCUCGUACUUCGAGAUGGACGUUCAGGUUGGCGAGAUGUUUAAGGUUCCCUCCAGCUGUCCCGUGGUGACUGUGGACGGGUACGUCGACCCGUCAGGAGGCGACCGCUUCUGCCUCGGCCAGCUGAGCAACGUCCACCGCACUGACGCCAGCGAGAGAGCCAGGUUGCACAUCGGUAAAGGCGUGCAGCUGGAGUGUCGCGGUGAGGGCGACGUGUGGAUGCGUUGUAUGAGCGACCACGCCGUGUUUGUUCAGAGUUACUACCUCGACAGGGAGGCGGGCCGAGCGCCAGGUGACGCUGUUCACAAGAUCUACCCCGGCGCAUACAUCAAGGUGUUCGACCUGCGACAGUGUCACAGACAGAUGCAGCAGCAGGCGGCGACCGCUCAGGCUGCAGCAGCUGCUCAGGCGGCCGCUGUAGCAGGAAACAUCCCCGGUCCAGGCAGCGUCGGAGGCAUCGCUCCUGCAGUCAGUCUGUCUGCAGCAGCGGGGAUCGGCGUGGACGACCUGCGGCGGCUCUGCAUCCUGCGGCUCAGCUUUGUGAAGGGCUGGGGACCUGACUACCCCCGGCAGAGCAUCAAACACACCCCCUGCUGGGUGGAGGUCCACCUGCACCGCGCUCUGCAGCUUCUGGAUGAGGUGCUGCACACGAUGCCUUUAGCCGACCCGGGGCCUGCUAAUUGAGGACCAAGAUCACGUUCAGAACCCCCGAUCUGGAUCCUCUGAAUGUGCACACAGACACACAUUUUAGCUUCAGGCCAAAUAGAAUGAAAAAAAAAAAACAAACAAAGAAAAAUCAAUCAAAAACACACCGAGAUCCUGCUCGUAACAAUCAAUGCACACACAUGCACACACACACACUGUAACCAAAACGUCUGCAGACGCGCAGACAUAAGAGUGCUGAUGUCUUUGGGACAUUUUCUUUCGCUUUACAAUCCAAACUCAAACAGAAGGGAGUCACGUCCCUGAAGGUUAAACUUUGGAGUUUGAGUUCUGACCAAUCGAAAGACGUUUGUAUGCACUGUAGAAAUCCAGGGAUGUGUUUCAGAAAUCCAGUUCCUCUGUAUGCAAUCUGGAUUCCCCUCUAAUCGCUCUGCACAUUCACUCAUGAAAAACACACACACAUGUAAAAAAAAGAAAAAAAGAAAUCAUGCACGAUUAAAACACUCCAGACAGAUAACUGCUUACCUCUGAAUCAUGCUGUCAGUAACUCUCCUUAUCAGCAGCAGAACUGAUGUAGAAGUUUGGAUUAUUAUGGAAACCAGUGUAACGUCAUCUCUGUGCUCGUACUGUGCUCUUCACUGUUAUUGCUCUAACUGUUAGCUUCGAUAGCUGGUUAGCCCUCCUAUUACGCUUAGCUCAAGCGAUAUUAUUUUUGUACCAAAAAGACCAAAAAGCCAAACAAAAAACAAACAUUUAGCUUUAAAGUGGUGUUGUUGUUCUCUGUGAUGAAGCAGUGCUACCCUGUGUGUAACCAAACGGUUGGUGUGAAUCACCAAAACCAGAAUACCUCAUAACUACAGUGCAAAGUCACAGUUCAGUUUUUACCGCCUGAAAGCGCACACAUACAUCAUCACUGACAGGUCGAUGUGUGAGGAUCUGAACAUGAACGCCCUCUGAUAGUAUCCUGACUCCAACACUUCAUUAUGUUCAGCUUCUUAUUAGUUUGGCGCCCUGAUAUCAUUAUCACAUCAAUUAUCACAUUUUUAAACCUGAUUCUUUUAUUUAAGAUGUACAUUACAAAAAGGUACAAACCUUUUAUGAAUCUCUGCCGUAGUGUUCUUCAGCCUGCAGAAGUGAAUCAGGCUGUAGCUGCUGCAACAUAAUCCUGAAGGAUCAAAGUGCAUCCUCUAACAGUUCUUGUUUGUGUCCCUGACGGACUCAGAUUGUUAUUCUCAGUAUCUGACAACAUUACAGAAAAGAGACUGACCUUUUUGUUUCAGGAUUAAAGGAUUUUUAAAUUUAAUUAAAUUUUUUUAAAACCAGGCCCAGCUGAUAUAUCAUGCCAGACUCCAUUGAUAAAAACAAUAAUGCUACCUUUCAGAAUAUGUUCUCCCCGUGCAUGUGUGGGUUCUCUCCGGGUACUCCAGCU